CUAGACGAUUUUUCCUCGGAGUACAGGUUCUCGGUUUUGCGCGCACACUCGGCUGGGCGUACGCACGGAAUAGAACGUAUUAUAUCGUGGUGUAGAACUAGACUACCGCAAAAGGGGCUCAGCUUUGGGGAUUUCCCGUUUGUGCGAUCGAUCGCGAGCGCGCACAUGCACACGCGAUGUCCAUCACAUUCACCAAUGGUUUGGACUAAGACAGUCUAGAUGGCAGCAGAAUUGAAGAAAAUUGCCGACAGUUUCCUGGAAGAUAAGUUGUCAUGGGAACCGUCUACCUUUCUUGGAUCUGUCAGAGAGCUAGUCGAUAGAGAGGAGACCGCAGCAGUCCUUAAAAUUCUGCAGAAUGACAGUUAUAAGGAAUUGGUGGAGUCAGUAGCAUGGGAUCUGUUCCCUAUUAUCACUCCGCAUGUCACAGACACAGAGACGAACAAUGAAGUUUAUAACAACUCCGCACAGAUUCUCAACACUUUGGCUGAGAUCGGGAAACCUAAAGAGAUGAUCUUGGGUUACUUAGAGCAGCUUGAUCGAUUCCUUGAUGAUGGCUCCUACAGAACACUUCUCAAACCACUCUCAACAGUUUUGAUGCGAUUUGGACUUACAAAGAGUUAUCACCUCAAUCAGUCAUUUCUCCUACUCUAUGCCCACCUACAGACAAUCAAGUUUCCCAGCACUCAAGGUUUAGACGAGAAACAGAGACGCCUCUUACUUGAAGAUCCAGAUGUCUUGAGACUUGGGAGAAGCACCAUAGCUGUUCUGGAAUUCUUGGCUCCCUUCGUCUUCCAGGUGGAAGAGAUGCUCUAUGGAAAUGCCAGGGAACUUUCAGAACUGGAAAGGACAGAGGUGGAAAACUCCAAGAUUGAAAUUGCAAAAUUGUUAAUAAAAAUACUUGACUAUCCUUUGGCAAGAACAGACCUGGCCUGGAAAGCAACUGAAGAAGACUCAGAUGUGCCAAGACACAAGUCAGAUUUCAGACUGUGUGCAGAACAAGUUAUGACCUACCUGUCAAGGCUUCAGUUUAGCUUCAACCAACUCCUCUGCUACGGCCGAGACUUCAAUCUCCCUGUAGCACCCUCCACGGAAGCUGAUGAUCUGCUUGAGGAUGACCAAGGUCCAGGAGACAUCACAGGUCUUCCUGCUCUAGGUCUAGGAUGCUUUGUCUAUCUGGUCCAAGUAGAAGAGAUAGAAGAUGAUAGACUUCCGACAGUUUACAGUUCUGACUAUCUGCUACAACUCACAAGUAUGUACAUAGCAGCCUUACUGAGGAAAGCAGAAGAAGAGCCUGUCUUCAAGGGUUUGACUCUACUGUCAUUACUGAUGGAUGGAAUUGAGGAUGGUGGACUAUACCACAGAAUCCUAGAUAACACAUUCUAUGAAGACCUCCCACAAAUGCUAUCGGUUGUUAUGGUCAUGAGUCCUCUCAACAUUGUUAGGCAAGAGGCUUUAAAGGUCUUCCCUGUCUACAUUCGUAAGUUUGAUUGGAAAGGCCGUUACAGGUUACUGCGGCUCCUGCUGAAGAAUACUGUCCAUUCUGGUGUUUGUGGGAUGGUCAUCGGGAUGGCCAAGGAUUACGUCCAUCACACCUUACAGCAUCAUGACAAUGACUGGUUUGUUGGUCAUCGUUUAGGGGAUCUAUUCUCUCUUAUCUUUUCAUUACCCAACGGAGCAGAGAGUGACAUGCUGGAAUUGUCUGACAAGGUUAUGGCAGCUCUCAACUGUUUACGUUUUCUUCUCCUGCGGGAUCCAGCAAGUGUGAACGAGACCGGUAUCUGGUCCCACAUACCUCACGUAGAGAGGGGCUUCAUUGACCCUCUUCAUACCGGUAUCAAUCUUUCCAUUGCCCACUAUCAGACCAGGAUGACAGCCCUCAUGGAUGAACACAAAGCACGAGGAAAGAAUAAAUCAGGACCUGUGCCUUCUGGUAGUCUGACUGUGGCAGGCCAUCAGCUUCCAGUUAUGCCGCCUUCUCAACAAAUGCAUGUAAUGAAGUCAGCGUGCUUUACCUACGAGCUGAUGCAAAGCAUUGUGGGACGGGUUCGGGACAUCCUGUCUGCCAACGAGAGGUCGUCAGAUCCCACAAGGUCAGAGGUCAAAGAUGAAAGCAUGAGUUGAUGGAUAGUGAACACUUUGACUACCAUGGUCUGAUAUGGAUCAAAUGACAUCAUCAGGUCAAAGGUGAAAGCAUCAGUAUGUUGAUGAGACAGCUUCAAUGAGAAUACUAUGUGUGAAAGUAUACUCAAGACUGCUUGAAAGGACCACAUGAUGUGAUCACCUGUGCUCAGACAUGAUAGUUAGAAGUAAGAGAAUUAGAAUGGAAUACAUGGCAUCAUCUGUAUGCCGUUUCAAAGGUCUAAGAUGAGAAUGUUACGAGACAGUGUCAUAGGUCAAAGGUCAAGUAUCAGUUUUAUCAAACACAAAAGGUAAUAGUAAGUAAAUGAGAAUGGAAUAUGUAUUUCAUAUGUUGAAGGUAUAAGCAUAAGAAUGCAGACGGUGUCAAUUGUCAAAGCAUGAGAAUGUUUAGAGACAGUGUCAAAGGUCAAAUCAAUAGUUGAUCAAGACACUUUGUGAAAGGUCAAGUGCAACUCUGUCCAAUAGUAGGUCAAUGGUAAAAGCAUGAGAUGGUCAAGAGACAGUAGAAAAGGUCUGACAUAGGUCAAAGGUCAAGGCAUAAUUGAUCCACAGUUUUAGAGGUUAGGUGUACCGCUGAGUCAGGUCAACGUUCAAAGUAUGGGAUGGUCAAGAGAAAGUAUAGAAGGUCAGUUGCACCUCUAUGUCAUAGGUUAAAGGUAAAAGCAUGAGAUAGCCGAGGGACAGUAUGAAAGGUCAUGUGCACCUCUGUGCCCUAGUUCAUACAAAGCAAGAGAUGGUCUAAAGACAGAUUCUUGACAAUCAUUUCCACUUUGCUUUUGUCAUAGUUGAUAGUCAAAAUUUUUGAGUUGGCAGAAGAGAGAUUUUUGAAAGUCAUGCUUUGAUUAUGAAAUUUUUGUUUACUUCCAUCAAAAUUCAGAGCUCAUGUUUUUUAAGAAAUAUUCUGGAUGGUACUAAAUUUUCACUUUGCUUGAAUGGGAUUAAGGAAUUCACCAAUGGAGUUUAUGUAAUGAGUGGGUCAAAAACAGUGUGUACUUAGAAAUGAGGGCUGAGUUAAUGAUCCAUUAGAUAUACUUGACUUCUAUUAGGAAGAACGUUUGAUUUUGCAUCAUUAGAUUUUGGAAUAUGACAAUAGAUACACAAAAAAAGGUAAUUCAUUUAUGUGUAGUUCCAGUCCCAUACAUUCAUUUCUCUAUGCAGUGUACGUGACUUGGCAUAAUGGCAUAAUCAAUAUAGCAAUUACUUGCAUCAAACAUCCAUUUUUAGAUGCAUUGGAAACAACACCUUGAGACCAGGGACCUGUAACAUAAAGCUUAGCAAUUGAUUGUUUGGCUGAUUUCUGUGAAUAUCCUGCAUUGAUUAUUGUAUAUGAUCAGUUGCAAAGAUCAAUGCUACAAUAAGAUUUUUCUUACGGGGUCCAAGGUCCUAUUUCAUAAAACCUUACUAUUAUGAUAACUUUGCUGUAACAAUAAUUACUGUGAACUGUGAAUUACUGUGAAUAAAAGAAACUCUAUAUUGCUGCAAAGCGAAACAAUCUAAGUUUGAUGCAUAUUCACCGCUUGCCAACUGAGUAUUUUGCUUAAAAAUAAAUAAACCAAAUUAAAAGAUUUCGACGAGGCUUUAUUGAGCUAUUAACAGCCUGAAUUAUGUUAGAUUUCCAGAUUAUCAGUAUCAUUUUAGUGUUCAUUUUGCAGAGGAAAAUUACUCUGACAAUCAUUCAAUGCUCAAAUGGAUGGAGACCUGCAGCUGUCGACUACUGUUUUGUGAUUUCUCUGUUUGGCUCUUACUUGGACUCAAUUGCUAUGUCAGAAAAGACUGUUACACAUAUCCUGAAUGCAGAGAGAGAGAUGGAAAGCUGAACCAAAUAAUCAGGAAAUAAAACAUGGUAAAUAAAAGUCCAAAGUUGUAGGUUUCAUAAAUUCAAGCAUCCAUGAAAAGCUACUAGUGAAAAAAGGCAAUAAAAUUACCCAGGGUUUUUUGUGUGUAAAAACCUAUGGAAUCACAACACUUCUAAAACAGAAUGACGUCACGGUCUUCAGGCCAGCAUGAAGUCAAUUUUUUAAGCAUGAUAAAUUGGAGCUAUUUUUCAGCAAAAUACUCAGCUGAGCUGCUGUGAAAACAAAGGAAACAGUGGUACUCGUGAUAUCAAAGAAAGGAAAGCCUCUAUUAAUUGAAUUAUGAUUUUUUUUCUUCUCUUUUUAUUGGUUUUUAAAAAUAUUUUGAAUGAAGGUUUGUUUAAUUCCUCUUGGAAAAUGUAAAAUCCUCAAUAUGAUUCGCUUUGAUCUGAUGGAGAUCCCCUUCAUCAUUAAAUCUUUUAAAAGUGAGGUUUUUUUUUGUUUCAUAAUGAAAUACUUGCAACAUCAUCAGCUCCCUCAUUUGCAUACAGCCUAGAAUGUGCAUAAAUCUGUUCAGUAAAAAAGGUCUCCCUUUGUAAUUUCAUCUUGAAGCAGCAUUAAAAUAUAAAUAAAUAUAAUAGGAGCAAUAUAGACAUUUUCUUCAUCAAUAUUUGGGCUAUCAAAAUGGCGAAGUGCAUGGAAUGCAUUGUUUAUUCACAUUCUAGUUUUCACAGGAGUAACACUGAUAUUACAAUACAAAUUUAAUUGCUUUAUUUGUGAAUUCAUUAUGAUACAUAUGGUUAAUAUUAUUUCAAAAUAUUUUUCAAUUUAUCAUUCAUAUUAAUUUUGAUAGAAGCAUCAAUGAUGUGACCAAAAACACAAAUAUCUCAUUGUUAUAAAAAUAAUGCAAAGAAUAUUACUUCCAGAAAUAGAAUUAAAUUUAGUAAAAGAAAUAUUUUUUUUUAUAUCAGCACAACAUAGACUAGUACAUUAGAAAGUCAUUUGUAACUUUAUAAAUUCAAACCUUAAUCAUUGCCUCGCCACUGAUUUGUUAAGAAAUAAUUAUAUAUGCCACAGAAGAAACCAAUACUGUUUGCAAUUGAAACAAUUCAGUAAAAAUCAAUGAUGUAAUAUGGAAGUGUAUUUUCAUGGUAUUUUGCCUGGAAAAAUAAAAUAUGUUGAAAAUGUGA